UCUCGGCCGCUCCCACCACGGCGAGUUCAAAAGAACGCGCGGCUCCCGGCCCUGCCCCGUCGCCGGUCGGACUGGAAAGAACUGGCCUUGCUAGAUACUCUGCCCUCAGCAGCGAUGAGCAGCCUACCGGCUACACCUUCUCCUGGAGAACUGAUGACCACGCCAGUUCUUCAGGCCCAUGAGACCCUGUCCCCACAAGCUGAAGAGGCCAGCACAGCGCUCAUUGCAGUCGUGAUCACUGUGGUGUUCCUUACCCUGCUCUCGGUGGUGACCUUGAUCUUCUUUUACCUGUACAAGAACAAAGGCAGCUACGUCACCUAUGAGCCAGCAGAAGGCGAGCCUAGCACCAUCCUGCAGAUGGAGAGUGACUCAGCCAAGGGCAGAGAGAAGGAAGAGUACUUCAUCUAAUGAUCCCAGACUGGAGGGGCCGAGUCUUGGCUCCAGUGCUAACACACUGACUCUAUAAUUAGGGAAGGUUUGCUCUGAAGCCAGUGAGUGGCAUUGAACGAGAUGGCAAAUCCACUCACCUUCCAGGACAGUCUCCAAUAACAUCGUCACUGACUCCAUGGUCCAGGGACACGGAGAAAGCUGCUUAUGACUCCUAUCCAGCCAGGCCUUGGUAAGGACAGUGCUCACAACUGGCCAACAUGGGGCCAUGCCUUAGUUGGAAGUGGGAGAUGUGGAAGGUGGCCACAGGCUGGUCCACUUUGUCCCCUCCCUACUUGCCUAGCCCCAGUGUAGCUUCUUGGAGGCUAGAUACCCCAAGACGGAUCAGGCCAGGAGGGACAGGCCUCCAAGUGUUACUUGCUUUGAUCCGAACCUUACCAUUUCCCCCA